AAAACAGUGAGCUGAAAAUGACCGAGCGUGACUCUUGGUGUGUCUGUAAUGAGGUUUCCUGGUUUCAUCCCAGGUGAAUGUUGUGGGUCGCAGCGCCCUCUGGUGGAUGCUCACUGAUGCUGACCAUGUAGUGUGAAGUCAGCUUCUCACCUGGUUUUUCAUGUGAGUAGUGGAGGCUGUCGGAGUGAAAAAUGAUCACACAGGAAGCAGCUGCACACUCACCACACAUGAAUGCACCAUGUACGUGUGUGUGUGUGUGUGACCACAUAUGCAUGUCCACCAUGCACCGUUAAAGUUUUACAGUAAGUGCAGCCAUCAGAGCAGCAGUGGGGGGUUAGACCUACGGACCGAGCUUCUGUAGCUUCUGCACACGCUGCAGAGUUUCUGAUUAACAUCACCGCUCACUCUGCAGCUCUGUCUCCCAAACCUGCAAACAUGAAGUCUUCCUGCCACACACACUUUAAUUUGAGCUAUCAGUCCAAUCUUAAUAGUUUCUUUGGGCAGGAAUGUCUUCAGGGGGAAGAGAGAAAAGAUAAGCUCAGAUAGGAGGAGGUGGAGAGAAGCAAAAGCAGAGUUUCUAUUGUAAAUGUGAGCAGGGAGGAGGAGGAGGAGGAGGAGAACGGGGUCAACAAAAAAAAGAGUGACGCCUGCAGGAAACAUGAAGUCCAGCAUUCCAGAGUUUGAGCGGAGAGCAUCUGGAAAAGUUUAAAAGUAGAGAGGGGAGGGGAGAAGGGGCGGGGAGGAGGCAGAGUCGUGUUUCCGAAAGAUGUAAAAAUGCAGAAAUUCAAAGGUCUGAUUGAGCAGCCGAGUUGAGAAAGAGCAGGAUCGGCUGCAGAGCGAUGAAGCAAAGAGAGCGUGUCACAAGCUAAGAAGAGGCAGAGCAGGGGAAGUCUGACCAAAGUGCUCGGCCUCUUCCUGCCUCACGAACAGCUCAGGAAGUCGAGGCUUAAACACAGGGGAGGGCCGACACACAGGAACAUAUUUUCCCCUUUGCCUUGUAGUCUCUCCUUAUUCAGGCCUGCUCCGAUCAACAGGAGGAGGAAAGAAGGGGGCAAAGAGGAGGCGGGGUUUUCGAUGGAGCUGAGAGAGACGGAGCAGUCAAACAGUCAGUCGCCGGCGUUAUGAUGGAGGCCAGCGUCGUUCCCCAGGACGCAGGCCCUGUGACAGGACCACUCGACCCUCCCUCCCCGCUCCCUCCACCCUCGCUGCCCUCCCACCUGCCGCCCCGGCCGUGUCGCCCCAAACCUCCACCUUCCGCAGUCAGGAACUCCCAUCUCCCCUCUCGACCUCCUCUGCCUCCAUCCACCCCUCCGUCCCUCCCUCCCCCUCUCCCUCCUGUCCACGCACCUCCUACCCCAUCUUUGCCUCCCCCUCUCUCACCUUCCCCUGUCCCCACUCCUGCUCCUUCCCUCCUGUCCUCUGUCUCCUCUGAUCUGACGCCAACUUUCUCUCCUCCCCCUCUUCCUGCUCCUUUGUCUCCUACACUCCCACCCCCCUCCUCUCCUUCCUCACCCCUCCUCCCCCUGUCUUCCCACCAGCCUCACCGGCUCCUCCGGUGCUGAGCUCAGUGGACCGGCUGGU